ACUUCAUUCUCCAGGUGAGCCGCACAACAGUAAGUCUUCACGCAAUGCACCCUGGGAGCGGCCCGCUCUCAGACCAGAGUAGCUCAGCCGCCAUAGCGCGGGCGGCCCUCCGUUUGGCAAUAAGCGAGGCCGAGGCCGAGUUGUACCAUAGAGAUGCAGCGUUCUUCCCGGUGUCCAGAGCAGCCGGAAGUCAAUUCAGACUCCGGGCGGAUGUAGGCGAGAGGCCGGGGAGCUCGUCGGGCAUGAUGAAGCCGGCCGUGGACGAGAUGUUCCCCGAAGGCGCGGGGCCCUACGUCGACCUCGAUGAGGCUGGAGGAAGUACAGGACUCUUGAUGGAUUUAGCAGCCAAUGAAAAGGCAGUACAUGCAGACUUCUUUAACAAUUUUGAAGAUAUGUUUGAUGACGAUGAUAUCCAGUGAAAACCACCCUCAAGUUUAUUUUAGAAGAUUACCGGAAAAUGUGACUAUUUUCUCCGAGACAUGAAAGAACAUUCUAAAAUGGCUUAAGAUGGAUGGACAGAAGAACUGUGAAGCUCUUAAAUUCUAGGAAAUACGUUGUUUUACAAGCUUUCUUCAAUAAAAUCUUAGAAAUAUCUAUUUA